AUGGAUUGCGACAAGUUUCAGUUCAUUUUUUCCUCUGAGAAUGACAUGAAGCUAAGACGGUGGAAAGGAAAAACAACGAGCGAGAUUCGAGAAAUACUCUUAACAAAACUCACCAACCCACUUCAUUCCAUCCUCACCAUCAUAAGAGAGCUACGACUGGUGACUUUAACUCACGCAUACUCAGGCCCACUAGAGAACUUGCUUAUUCAUACCAAAACGGGGAAGGUUAGAGGGGAAGUAUCGAGAUCACACACUCAUGUAUCAACUCCCAGAGAUUCUUCAGGGUCAAGAAAUCUCUCUCCUAUAUGUUCUCCAAGGCGCUCUCAUAGCCAUCAAAGGAACUUUCUUACGUCUCCUCCUACUAAUGAUGGUCUGAGCCAGAGUAAGAGAGCAAAAGACUUAUUCGUCACAACUAGAUUUAGGAGGCCAGAAUUGGAAAGAGAGGAUUUAGCUGAUGUAGCUAACAAUUUCCAUAUCUCAGGCUCCCAAGUUGUUUUUCAGCCACAGUCAUGUAAUCCGCAGGUGGUGCAAAUCCAAACUGAUGAGAACCCAAUGCUGAGAAGUAAUGAUCCCUUGCUCCAGCCUUUGACUGAGAAUAAUACAUGGAGAAGGAGCAGUAUACAUGAUAGAUUUCGCUUCCCAAAAGAUGGGACUUCUCCUCACCCGGUUCUCUCUCCACCCUCGAAAUCUAGACUUUAUAUCACUCUUAGAUUGGGCGAAAGUGAAGAGGACAUCAAAGAAGUUUCCCGCUCCAACGUGAAUAAUAAGAGACAAGUGGGCAGAGGUGGAAGCACGUCUCGAGGCAGAGGCAAAGAUAGAGGAAAGAAACCAAUUCCCCAAAGUCCUCUGAUUAGAGCUGGUUCCAAGAAGAGAAAUGUUACAAAAAACCAAACCGCAGCUGAAAAAAACUUUGUCUGGACAAGCAAAAUACGAAUACAAGCAGAGCCUCCAAAGAUGAUCCUAUCCCCACAAGUUUAUCUCUUAAUGAGGAUGUUAAUCAGUCUACACUAA